UGGAAAGGUGACACAGUGAUUCUCGCCGAAUCCCAAUCCUUCGCCCCUCCCCACGCUUCUAACGGGGUGUCGGCGUCCAACAGAUGCCGCUACUACACAAUUACUCAGUUUGCCCUUGAUGAAAAAUCUAGACAAGCCGACCUUAAUUUCAAUGAGCGCUGGGCGCUGGCAUGCUGCUGCAGGUGGGUGGCUUCAUUGAUGGGAGGGGCCGGCGCACCCGCCCUUCAAUGCGAGCUCGACAAAUUGUCUUGGCAUACAUCAUCACAAUCCGCUAUCGCUGACCCCGUGGUCGACCCAUAUUUUGCUUGGCGAUCCUCGACCGAGGGAGACAAGGAAAGAGGGAGAAAAAAGGUUUGUGAUGGUUGA